AUCUGGUCAAACACACCAAGUAUGUCGUGCUGCCCUACUGAUAAGACCCAGGCCCCUGGCUCUGGCUAUGAACCCAAGGGCACUUUUACCACUAUAGCUGGGCUGAAGUGUUAUACUGUUGGCAGUGGUAGGAAUGGGGUGGGGAUUCUGGCUAUCUACGACAUUUUCGGUAUGCACAGUAAUACCUGCGAGGAAGCUGAUCGCUUGUCGGAAGGCCUGGAGGACGCCUUAGUGGUCGCUCCUGACUUCUUCCAUGGGAAGCCUUGGCCUGCUGAUAAGUUCCCUCCCAACACUCCAGCUCUCCAAAAGGAGAUUGGCGAAUGGUUGGGCGGUCCAGCUGCACCGGCUGCUCAAGUCGAGCCUGCCAGGGCUGUGGCAAAGUAUAUGAUCGAAGAGUGCGGAGUUAAGAAGUUAGGCACUAUCGGUCACUGCUGGGGGGCCAAGGUCGGCGUCCUCAUGGGGACCAACCCCCCGGAACUACGUGCCCAUGCGGGCCCUCAUCCGAGCUUCCUCACUAAGGAGGAUGGACUUAACGCCAAACUACCAGCACUGUAUUUCGAGACUAAGGAUGACGAUCUCGCUGCUUUUGAAGAGGGUGUUCGCGAGGCGGGGGUUAAGAAUGUCACGGUGACUAAGUACAAAGAUACCUUUCAUGGCUUCCUGGCUGGUCGCGGUGACUGGUCGCAACCCGAUCAGAAAAAAAUCAGUGACAGAGCUAUCGCCGAGCUCAUCGACUUUUACAGGAAAUGGCUGUUGUAGAAUUGAUUACUUCCCCCACGAUUUUGUUUCACUUCUCACAAAUGACGACUUUUCUCCACGUCAUGCGAGUUCUUAUUCAGUGAUU